AUGGCAUUCGGACAAAUUUCAUAUCAAGCAUCAAGAAAAGGUCAUAAACAACGAUAUGAUGAACAACAUCGUUCACGUUCGUAUGAUGAUUUACUAGUCGAGUUGGCAAAUGGUGGUCCACCCGGAAGUGUACGUCAACGUAUGCGUCAAGCUAAUUGGUCUAGUUUAGGAAGUCUUAAUAGUUUUGGUGAAUCAACAACAACACCACCAUCGUCUCAAGAACAUACAGGUGGUAGUAGUGGAAGUAAUACAAAUGGUAGUGGACAACAACGUGAAACAUUACAUAGUCGUUUUGAUUUUAAACAAACAUUAGGUAAAGGUACCUAUGGAAAAGUAAAAUUAGCAUUAGAUAAACGUAAGAAUGAACAAGUUGCAAUAAAAACAAUAAAAAAAUCACGUAUUGAAAAUCCCCAUGAUUUGGCAAGAAUACGUCGUGAAAUUGAUUUUAUGACAAGUCUUAAUCAUCCAUAUAUUAUUCGAAUAAAAGAAGUUUAUGAAAGUCGAGAAAAAAUUAUACUUGUGAUGGAAUAUGCAAGCGGUGGAGAAUUAUAUGAUUAUCUCAAUCGUAUGAAACGUAUACCAGAAUCUCAAGCACGAGCUAUUUUUCGACAGAUUGUUUCAGCUGUUCAUUUUCUUCAUAAAAAUCAAAUUGUUCAUAGAGAUCUUAAGUUAGAAAAUAUUCUUAUAGAUCAUAAUGGUGAUAUUAAAUUAGCUGAUUUUGGUUUGAGCAAUAAUUGGUCCCCACGUCGUCUAUUGCAUACGUUCUGUGGAUCUCCAUUAUAUGCUUCACCAGAAAUCGUUUCCGGUAUACCAUAUUAUGGUCCUGAAGUUGAUUGCUGGUCAUUGGGAGUUUUACUCUAUACACUUGUUUUUGGUUCUAUGCCAUUUCAAGGCGGUGAUUAUAAUCGACUUGUACGCAAUAUAACGUCAGGCGAAUUUAUACAACCUCGUGAACAAUCAGGCGCACUCGGUCUUAUACGUAAAUGUUUAACGGUAUUACCAUCAAAACGUUUCACUGUUGAUGAUGUUGCCGCUCAUUGGUGGGUUAAUCUUGGUUAUAAAUAUCCACCUGUUCAUUAUUAUUUGACACCGGCAAUGAAAAAAACUGGUCUAUUCAUCUCAUCACAUUUACCUGCAUUAACAUUCAAUGAAUCCAAUAAUAUAAAUGCUAUGGAAGCAAAUUCAAAAACUAUCGCAUCAUCUACACCUGGUUUCUCUCAUCAAUUUGCACAAAAUGGUGAUGUGACAGAUACACAAAAAAAUUAUCGACCAAUAUCAAAUGGUUAUCAUUCAAUACCACGAACACAUCGAUUAAAUAGCAAUAAUGAACGAACUUCAAAUCCAAGUCGACGGACAUCUAAAGAAAGACAUAAUGAUACGAAAUCAUCUAAAUAUCCUCCACGUGCAUUUUCACUUAUACAAUAUUGCUUGAAGCCAGAUGCUAAUACACGUGCUACAACAAAAGAUAUUCUUCGUCAUGAUUGGUUAGUACAUGGACCUGUUCUUUCUGUACGAUUAAAUUCAACAACAACAUCAUUAUCACUUCCAAUAACUGAUCAACAAAUAACAAAUGAUUAUGAUAAAAUUCGUUUACGUUCAAUGCCAAUAGUUGAAAAAACUUUAUCACCAACAAAUUCACUUGUUGAACUUGAACUUCAUACAAGUUCUUUUUUUGAUACAGCUCGAUUACGUGAUAAAACAACAGGAAAUAAAGAACAACAACGACGUAAUCGAGUUUCAGCUAUACCUAUACCUACACGUUAUCUUUCAUCCAAUAAUAAUAAUAAUGAUACAAAAAUAAAUUCAUCUUCAUUAACACGUCCACCAAAUCGACGACCAGUAAGUUUAACAUUUGAUGAUCAAUUUUCAAAUGAUGAUGCAUCAACAUUACAAUCAAUUAAUAUACGACAUUCACGACGAGCAAUUUCACCAACAUCAACGACAACAACACCACCAACACCAACGACAACAACAACUUCUGGAAGUACUGAUCGAUUUCAUACACAACGAUAUACUUUACCUGCAUCAUCGAAUUCAUCACGUCAUCGUUUUUCAACGGAUUUAGAUUCAGCAUUAAAUGAUUUUAAAUCUAGAGGAACAUAUAAAUAUACACCACCAAAAAAAUCUGUUGCACCAACUGUUUUUACUACUUCAACAAUUAAAUUUGCUCCAGCACCUAUUCGACGAAUGAGUCCAUUAAGAGAUCAAGAAGAUUGUUCAUCUUCACAUACAGCACAGCUAUUAAAUACUCUAACUUCUAAUCCGUCUUGUCAUAUUGAAGAUAGUAUUAAUCAUGCUACUACUAGUACUAAUAAUAAUAAUCGACAUUCAUUUUUAACUUCAUUUGAAUUACCAACCAAAUAUAAUCCAGAUAAAAAUCAUUUGCUAGAUGAUAACAAUAAUUUAGUUUCAUUAAAAGUAUAUGAUUAG